CCAAACUCACAAAUCACACACUCUUCUUCUUCUGAUCAUCAGAGAAAACGAAACCCAUUUCUCAAAAUCCCAACUUUUCCAAAAACUCAACUCGGAAAAAAUCUCAAAACAUCAGUCAUGGGUUUCAUUUCUUCUUCUUCACCAGUAGAAGAAUCUCAUUACCAUACUCACAAGAUCUUCCUUUUCUCCAACUACAUCCUUCUCGGUGCCGCUUCGAGCUGCAUCUUUCUCACUCUCUCUCUCCGUCUAAUCCCUUCAGUCUGCGGAUUCCUACUCAUCCUCCUCCACGCAACCACCAUCGCCGCCGCUGUCUCAGGCUGCGCCGCCGCUUCCUGCGGGAGAAACCGGUGGUACGCUGCUCACAUGGUUGCCACCGUGCUCACAGCUAUAUUCCAAGGCUCUGUCUCUGUUCUCAUCUUCACCAACACUUCUAAGUUCCUCGGGAGUCUCAAGUCGUAUGUGCGUGAGGAAGAUGCUGCUGUGAUUUUGAAACUCGGUGGUGGCCUUUGUAUUGUGAUCUUUUGUCUUGACUGGGUCGUUCUUGUCUGUGCUUUCUUCUUGAAGUACUAUGCUUAUGUCGAUGGUGGUGAUGGCAUUGCAAUGAAGAGAACUGGUAAGGUUCAGAGUGAGGAGAAUCCCAAGGACUGGCCAUGGCCGUUCCAAGUUUGAAGAUUAGUGUCUUUUUGUUGUUUCUGGUGAGAAAUGUUGAGUGAGAUCAAUAUCAAAUGUUGGUUUUUGAUCUGUUUCGGUUGCUAUUAUUGUGAUUUGUUCAUUUGUUUUUUUGAGUGUUUGAUGUAAUUCGUCAAUGAUCUAUUACAUAUAUAUAGUCUUUUCCUAUGA